ACGGUAGUGAAGUGAGAUUAGUGGCAAACACGCGGGGUGUUCAUCCACAGCAACACGACGCUCACGUUCUACAGCAUGGAGCGGGGUGGAGGCGGAGGAGGCCUCGAUCUCGCGGGGGGCGGGGGUGGGAACUCGGACCUCUGCCUCCAGGACCUCGUAACGGGAUCGGCGACGGGACUAUCGGUACAGCAUCAUCAGCAUGCCGCCGCCGCCGCCGCCUCCAUGGCCGGACUCCACGGGGACCAUCUCCAGGGGACGAUGCAUCACCACGACCUCCAUUCUACCGGGCAUCAUGGAUCAUCAUCCAUGCAUCAUCACCCCUCGGCUUCCCACCAGCUCCAUCACGAACCAUUGGAGAAACUUAAACGUGUGUGGGCGGAGGGCGACUUCCGGGACAGCAACAACGGGGCCUUGACCGGACUGGACUCCAGCGGUCACGGAGCUCACACACCGGGUGGCAGCACCCCGAGCACCCCUGGUGCUACACCCACGACACCGUCGGGAGGAUUUUCCUCAGCGCAGCAGAGGAAUCGUUCCAACAACACGCACAGGCCGGAUAUACGGAAAGGUGUUCGGACGCCGACGGAAGUUAAACACGAGCUUGGAUCGGCCGGUGGGGUUGUUUCGCCUGGAGGAGGUGUCGGGGUUAAUGAUGCCGAGGAUAAGGAUGGCAAGAAGAGCAAAAGACAGAGGAGGCAGCGGACGCAUUUUACGUCACAGCAACUGCAGGAACUUGAAGCCACUUUUGCGAGGAAUCGUUAUCCAGAUAUGUCGACCAGGGAGGAAAUCGCCAUGUGGACGAACCUCACGGAAGCUCGCGUCAGGGUGUGGUUCAAGAACAGACGAGCGAAGUGGCGAAAGCGGGAACGCAACGCGAUGAACGCCGCCGCAGCCGCGGCCGCAGACUUCAAGUCCGGCUUCGGUACCGCCAGUCUGAACGGCUUCAUGACCCAACCCUUUCCGGACGCCGACGCCCUCUACAGUUCGUACAGUUCCUACAACAAUUGGGCAGCUAAGGUGCCCUCACCCCUGAGCAGCAAGAGCUUUCCGUGGCCGGUGAACCCCUUGGGUUCGGUGGUACCGACGGCCUCUCACCACCACCAUCACGCCCAGGUCAGCCCGGUGAACUGCUUCAACGCCGCGGCGACGUCUGUCGCCGGAAGCCACGUGGGCGGAAUGUCCGUGUCGGUGGGUCAGGCGGCGACCUCGAUGCUUCCGGGGAUGGGGUCGGGCCUGGGGGUCGCUGGGUCGCCCGUCGCUGCCUCGGGGGCGGCGUGUCCUUACGCGGCGCCGGCGGCGCCCCACCCCUACGGACCCCCGGUUUACACCCCGCAUCACAGGACGGCGGCGGCACCGGAAACGUGCAACGUAAUGUCGAGCAGCAUCGCUUCGCUCCGGCUCAAGGCGAAGCAGCACAGCAGCGGGUUCAGCGGGAGUCCGUACAGCACGGGGGGUACGACUGGGACCACCGGGGGCAGCAUCAGUCCCGUAAGUUCGAGGGCCUCGUCGGUCGGGGGUCUCAGCGCCUGCCAGUACGCCCUGACGACGGGGACCAACCCCCACUCGCCGGGACCCGACCACGGCAACGCGACGGCCAGGGCCCAAGUCUGAGGCGAGGCGGGGGCUGCGUCGAGCCCCCACCAGACACCCGCGACGGCCGUAUCGCAGGCCGGAGGAACCGGCGUAGCCCACGGGAGCAACGGUAACAAGGGACACCAGCUUCAGACCGAGUGACCCAGGC